ACGUCUCGCUCCUUGGAGGCCACACUGAGGGAGCGUCGCGAAAGUUGCCCGUUUAGGAACUCUCCCAUUUGGCUCUGCAAAGGGAAGAAUUGGUUAAAUAGUUCCACUGAAAAUAAUGCGAUUCAAAUUUCUCAUUUUCCAAGAACGCUCCCUUCCUGAAGCUUGCAAGGGCACGGGACUCCUCUCUCCUUGAUCAUGAAACGUGCAUCAGGUAGAUAACCUCCUGAUGCCUGACAGUCUCCGCCUGUUUUGAUGCCCCGCCCCCUCUGCUGGAGUCCGAGCCGCCGAUUGGCUAGGAGCACUUGAACGGCGGAAGCAGCUGGCUCGCGCGGGGACUGCGGUGAGGGGGCGAGCCGUGAAGAUGGCGGCAGUGGUGGAGGUGGAGGUUGGAGGUGGUGCAGCUGGGGAACGGGAGCUGGAUGAGGUUGAUAUGUCAGACCUCUCUCCAGAGGAGCAAUGGAGGGUCGAGCAUGCACGCAUGCAUGCCAAGCACCGUGGCCACGAAGCUAUGCAUGCUGAAAUGGUCCUCAUCCUCAUCGCUACCUUGGUGGUGGCCCAGCUGCUCCUGGUGCAGUGGAAACAGAGGCACCCACGCUCCUACAAUAUGGUGACCCUCUUUCAGAUGUGGGUUGUUCCCCUCUAUUUCACAGUGAAGCUGCACUGGUGGAGGUUCCUAGUGAUCUGGAUCUUGUUCUCUGCUGUCACAGCCUUUGUCACCUUCCGAGCCACCCGAAAACCUCUAGUACAGACAACCCCAAGGUUGGUUUAUAAGUGGUUCCUGCUAAUCUAUAAAAUCAGCUAUGCCACUGGCAUCGUUGGCUACAUGGCUGUCAUGUUUACCCUCUUUGGUCUUAACUUAUUAUUCAAGAUCAAACCAGAAGAUGCCAUGGACUUUGGCAUCUCCCUUCUCUUCUAUGGCCUCUACUAUGGAGUUCUGGAACGGGACUUUGCAGAAAUGUGUGCAGACUACAUGGCAUCUACCAUAGGGUUCUACAGCGAGUCGGGCAUGCCUACCAAGCAUCUUUCAGACAGCGUGUGUGCUGUGUGUGGGCAGCAGAUCUUUGUGGACGUCAGUGAAGAGGGGAUCAUUGAGAACACGUAUAGGCUGUCCUGCAAUCAUGUCUUCCACGAGUUCUGCAUCCGCGGCUGGUGCAUCGUGGGAAAGAAGCAGACGUGUCCCUACUGCAAAGAGAAGGUAGACCUCAAGAGGAUGUUCAGCAAUCCCUGGGAGAGGCCUCACGUCAUGUAUGGGCAACUGCUGGACUGGCUUCGAUACUUGGUAGCCUGGCAGCCUGUCAUCAUUGGCCUAGUCCAAGGCAUCAACUACAUUCUGGGCCUGGAAUAGUGACGAAGAGCAUCAGUGGAGAACCCACCCCACACGCCGUGGAGCUCAGGGCACUCUCCUCCCUGCCCACAAAGACCUCCUGGGUGGGAAAGACUCAAAGGGGCGCUUGGGCCACUCAGGACCCCUCCGGUUGUGUCGGACUGGGGAGGGAUAUGAUGGAGACCCAGCCAGUGGGGCUGUCAGCAGUGGGGGGCUUUUUAAAAGAAAACUAUUUUGAUGAAUAUAUUUUAAAAACUUUUUUUUUUUUUUUUUUUUUUAAAUUGUGGAGCAUAGGAAUUGCCCCCCUCCAGGCUUCACCCUCCCUGCCUAAGCAGGGUGGGGGCAGACCCUUGACAUUUUUGGUUUAAAGGAGCCUUCUCAUCUCUGCCCGAGAACACUGCUGGGCUCCCAGGUAGCUGAAGACCUCAGCCCACCCACUCCCUUCUUCCCUGUGUGGGGCUCAAGCCUGGUGCACUUAUAUAGAAGAGCUAAUGUACUCAGGCUGGUGCCACGGGUGAGCACUGAGGCCCCAAGUGUCCUCCCUCCCCCACUGUCUGGGACAACAGGACAGGUGUUGUGUCUGACUCUGUCUCCCCCUGUCCAGGAGCUAUAGGCUGGUUGAGGCAAGUGGAACCUUAUCAGUGACUUGUCCAACAAGGGAAGCCUUGGGGCCUCAGAAUUCAUUGAAGAUUUGUUUUGGGACAACUGGAAGAAUCAGCACCAUGGAUACUUGCCUGUGGGCAGGGCUGUGGUCAGCCAAGAAUAGAGGUCAUAUAGUUGGGCUGUGGGGCAAUUGUUGGCAGCCAUGACUGACGGCCCCUUGUGCAAGCUCAUUCUUCAGUGGAUCCUUCAGUGGAGUGGUGACACGUGCCAGCGGUCACUCUGCCACAUCACUUCUUUCUUGAAAGCCUAAGAGUGCGUAUGCAUGUGUGUGUGUCUGUGUGUGUGUUUGCACGUGAUGCAGAAGAAUAUGACAGAUGUCAGCUUCUCCCUGUGUCAGAUGAUAUGCCCUUGAAGCUGGCAGGGGAUUCCCAGUCCAGGGAAUAUCCCUACAUGAUUUUUGUCGUUCAUGGGUCCCCCCUGGGCCUGCCAACAAGAGUGGUGGGUGGGUAGAGGGAUAAGGCCCAAGUGAGUACAGGUUCUGAGAGGGGGCUUCUAGGAAGGCCCCAGCCCUAGUACUAGGCGACUUGAAUAAAGUGGGAGGUCAAACAUGAGCCUUUGGCAUUGGGUUUCUAGGGAAUAUGACCCAGUAGGGCCUGCUCCUUCAAGGGCAGCAAGAACCAAGCAGGAUGUUGUCACUCCCGUCUGAAUAAAGCUCCAUGAGCUGGGUUG